AUGGAACACAUUGGGAACACUGCAAAACUAUGGAAUGCAUUGGAAGUUGUCAAGCCAACAAAUUCAGUAUUGUAUGCAAAUGAUACAAAAAUUCUUUCAAAAGUGAAUGAAAUAAAUGUGGAAAAUAGCUUGCAUAAAGAUCUGGAUAGUGCAGAGGAAUGGCCUAAAAAGUGGCUCUUGGGUUUUAAUUCUAGUAAAUGUGUUAUAAUGCAUUAUGGUACAAAUAAUCCGCGAUUGAAAUAUACUUUAAAUGGUGUUGAACUGAAAGAUUCUGAAUGCGAGAGAGAUUUAGGUGUACAUUUUUCAACAAACUUGAAAUGGAAAAAACAAAUAAUAUCAAGUACUUCUAAAGCAAAUUCAAUGAUGGGUAUGUUAAAGAUGACAUUUUCACGAAUUGAUGCAAAAUUGUUUAAAACAUUGUAUAAGGUAUUUAUUAGACCUCUUAUUGAGUUUGCAGUACCUGUUUGGUCAUCUUAUUUUAAAGGAGACAUAUCACUUUUGGAAAAAGUUAAACACAGGAUGACUAGAUUAGUUCCAUCAUUAAGGAAAAUUAAUUAUGAAAAGAGAUUGGAAAUAUUAGAUAUAUCUAGAUUAAAAACAAGGAGGGAACGUGGGGAUUUAAUACAAGUGUUUAAAUUACUUAACAGAUUUGAGGAAAAUGAUUUAAUUAAUGAACCGAAGCUUAAAAUUGAUUCAACUACUCGAGGUCACAAUCUUAAAUAUGUAAGAGAAAUUGUGAACUAA